CAUAGCGGGGGAGUAGCUGGGUCGCGAGAGAGGUCCGAGGAGAGGUGCCGGGCCGUACGUCGCCGUCGGCGGCUCUCGCCAUCGCCGGCUCUCCACUCUCCAGCGAGCAACCCAACAUUAAAAAAAAACAAAAAACAAAGCGAGCAACCUGCUGCCGCGCCGCUCGCUGCCCCUUUUACGACCGAAGAGGCCAAAGCGAAGCCACGCAUACCACCCCCCUCGACAGCCCCCGCCGCCGCUGCUCAGGAGAGGGCCUGAACGAUCUGCUGCCACCCCAAGCACUCUCGGUCUGGUCUGCUCGUCUCAAGUUAGGCAUGGCAUCAACUGUUACUGCCAAUUCGGUUGGUACUCAGUCUGGCCUUAUCUCAAAGCCGAGUCAUGACAUCGCAAGCUACAGUGGCUUAAAAGCAGCAGCAUCUAUUAGUUUUGAGUCAAGGUCAUCAUUCCUGGGUCAGAAUGCAUCUCUUCGAUCAUCUAUUGCUCCAAGGAUUGUACCAAAGGCCAAGUCGGGAUCUCAAAUUUCUCCUGAGGCAUCUUACAAAGUGGCAGUGCUCGGUGCAGCUGGUGGCAUUGGUCAACCAUUGGGCUUGUUAAUUAAGAUGUCUCCUCUGGUCUCUGCACUACAUCUGUAUGAUAUUGCAAAUGUCAAAGGAGUUGCUGCGGAUCUGAGCCACUGCAACACACCUUCUCAGGUUCUGGACUUUACUGGGCCCUCGGAAUUAGCCAACUGCUUGAAAGGUGUGGAUAUUGUUGUCAUCCCUGCUGGGGUCCCAAGGAAGCCAGGAAUGACUCGUGAUGAUCUUUUUAACAUCAAUGCGAGCAUUGUUAAGACACUUGUUGAGGCUGUUGCAGACAAUUGUCCGGAAGCCUUUAUCCAUAUUAUCAGCAACCCAGUAAACUCAACAGUGCCCAUUGCUGCUGAGGUUUUGAAACAAAAGGGUGUCUAUAACCCCAAGAAACUUUUCGGAGUUACCACACUAGAUGUUGUUAGAGCUAACACAUUUGUAGCCCAGAAGAAGAACCUAAAGCUCAUUGAUGUUGAUGUCCCAGUUGUUGGUGGUCAUGCUGGGAUCACUAUCCUACCAUUGUUGUCAAAAACCAGGCCAUCUGUGACUUUCACAAAUGAGGAAACUGAAGAGCUGACAAAGAGGAUACAGAAUGCUGGGACAGAGGUGGUGGAGGCGAAAGCUGGUGCUGGAUCUGCUACCCUGUCUAUGGCCUAUGCUGCUGCCAGAUUUGUUGAGUCAUCCCUUCGUGCAUUGGCUGGCGAUCCAGAUGUUUACGAAUGCACAUUUGUUCAGUCUGAAUUAACUGAGCUGCCGUUCUUUGCAUCCAGAGUUAAGCUUGGUAAAAAUGGUGUUGAGUCCAUCAUUUCUGCUGACCUCGAGGGAGUGACUGAAUAUGAGGCCAAAGCCCUUGAGGCGUUGAAGCCCGAGUUGAAGGCCAGCAUUGAGAAGGGCAUCGAGUUCGUCCACAAACAGCAGGCUGCUGCUACAUCUCCUUGAAGUGGGGAGAAUGGCUAUCGAAGAAGAUAAUAAAUGCAGAAAUGGUUCUCAAUAGCUUUUAGUUUUGCAGGUGGAAUUGUUUAUCUAGCAAGACGCUCCAAAUCAGUUAUAGUUGCUGUUGCUUGCGAGUCUCUUCUGAUCACAUGAGGGCGUGGAUGCCCAAACUGCUACCUGUUUUCAUGAGUUGUUUGGCACAAAUUUUGCUUGGGUGUUUGGCGGUAAUGCCUGCAUCCUUAUGAGCGAGACAAAACUAAGGAAUAAAGUAGUUUUAAGUAGUUGUUUUUUAUCGUUGCCAUAUUCAUGUAUAACUUCUGAGUAGUGCAGCAUAGCACAUUGCUUCCUUGGCAAAAUGGCAACCACACUGAUGUUGUUUCUCACUGCUGCACUGAUUACCAGUUUCAUGCCAAAGCUGUUUUCUAAGCAGUUAGCGUGAGGUGGUGCUGCGUGGGCCAUGGCAGUCAUGUUUCUCUCACUAAAUCCGCUGCAACUCAGGUAUUAAGAUACGACUAAAUAAGCCAAACCAUGGAGAAUUUAUUUGGGCUGCCACAGUAUGUUCAUUGGAAUCAAAUUCUUAACUGAAUUUAUUUGGGCUGCCAUAGUA